AUGGGGUUGCUCCCAGCUUGGAUCGAAGAGGGUCUGCCCGAUGCCGAUCAUGUGUUCGCCUACGAUACAGUGAAGCUCGUGCGCAUCCUUGACCGGCGCUUGGGGUUCAUUUACUGGGGCGUCCAGGCGCUCGUUGCCUUUUAUAUGAUAGUCAUCGUCUUCAUCAUGAACAAGGCUUAUCAAGACACGGAGAAGUCCACUGGGUGGAUGCUGACGCAAGUACUCCAGCCACAGAUCUCCCACUUGGGCAUCAGCUGGGAUGUGUACGACAGAAUCACAAAUCCCGGUGAGGCGGAUGCAGUGUUCAUCCCCACCCGGAUUCUCAUUACGCGAGGUCAGACUCAGGAGGACGAAUAUUGCGAAUCUCCAUCUCAUCCAUGCAAGGAAGCGCGAGAUUGCAACGUGGGAGAUCCCCAAGUGCAGCGCAUGGAAUGCCAGAACGGUUUCUGCAUGCGGCGACAAUGGUGCCCUGCAGAGAACGAGAACUGGGCCACCACGGAGACGCAUUAUCUCGAAUUCGACAACGUGGAGCUGUGGUUCAAGUCUUACGUACACUACCACAAGUUUGGUCUUGAUGUGACCACCGCAGAUGAGAAAGCGUCCAUUAAAUACCCUCAGAGGGGUGCCAACACAUAUCGGCUUCAAGACCUCAUUCGCAUGACAAACUAUGCGCCAGAGGAGUUCGUGGAGCUGGGUGCAGUGAUGGUGUUGAACGGCCUCUUCGACUGCAACCUCGACACCGAGCUUUGCGAGAUGAAGGUGGAGACAGCCACAGUGGACACCAAAACCGGCUUCAACCAUGUGUACGAGAAUAUCUACUACGAGAACGGCGUUCGCAAGCGGGACGUCUACCGCAUGUACGGCAUCAGAGUGCUAACUCUAGCCACAGGAUUUGGCGGAAAGACAAAGUUCUCACAAAUUGUUCUGCAGCUGUCUUCUGGUAUCGCACUUCUUGGCACAGCUGAGCUGAUUGCGGACUUCUGGCUGAUGAACUGCGUGCCCGAACGCAAGCACUACACCGAGCAGAAGAUCAAACAGAUGGAUGCUGCUAGCGAUGCCUGA